AUGAAUAAUCAGCGAAAAGUACCACCGGAGCCCUUGCACACUAAACGGUACCCUCAAACGGGUGGGUUUAGGGAUGCGCCAACCACAAUAGAGCCCGUCCAUCGUGCCGAGAAUACUUAUCGUCCAGGUGGAUACAAUCAGGGCUUUGAUCCCACGAUGGCCCCACAAACGAGCAAUGAUUAUGUGGCCUACAACGACCCAACACAGAUGCCAAUCCAUACGAGAAAUCAAGCGAUGGUGCCGCAACACGGUGAACCACAUGGCUACCGGCCUGACACCCAUGCUUCCUAUUACGCUCGUUGUCCCCCACCCUCCCGACCUUGGCAAGGCGGUGGACAUCCAGGCGCAUCUCAGGACUCUUAUCCACACCAAGGAGCGAACUUCUAUGGCGAGGAUAAUGGAUUGUAUCAUCAUGAUCAGCAUUAUGCGUAUGAGGGGACCGAGGCCUAUCCUGCCCACGAAUGGCAAACAUACGACGAGGGGGUUCCUUCUGGGGCUUUGAUGGGAUCUGGAACCGAGACGGAUGCGUAUUUUUGCGAAACCGGUGGUGUUGAAGUUCUUUCAACGACGGAGCGGGGGCAGGAUCAGGCCUACUAUCCCGCUUCCCCAUCGAAGCGUGAUGCAGCUCCCAUUGGCCCCACGCGAGGCAUAGAUAGCAUCCUGGCACCUCCCGCAACCUCCACGUCAUCACUACUGCCCCUACCUCCAGCGACGCAUUAUCCCCAUAGUCAAUCAUCAUCUCAACAGCGAAAACAUUCGUUCCGGUACUCCGAUUCGGAUCCGUCUUUGCAGAAGGAUCAGAGUGCAAGUACGAUGCAUGGUCCAAAGGCUGUAAAGACUACUGAGCGGAUACCGGCCUCAACCGGAGCGAUUUUGGCAACAUCUGGUAGCUCGUCGUAUCCAUCUAAACGUGAGCGAGAUGGGAAUUUCUCACGACGUGGCGUGGAUUCAUCGAUGAUGAGGAACGCUCCCGCGGCAGCUCAUUCGUCGCCCAUCUUUCCGAUUGCUUCCGGCGCGCCAUUACUUCGUGUUCCGACAGAUCUGCCCGUUUCGACCACCAGCUUCCUUGAUCUCAUUGCCAAUUUCGUCUUUCAAGGGGGUCCGACCUUUGAAGAGGAGCUUCUCUUCCGCGAGCGCAGCAAUCCUCACUUUGAUUUUUUACGCGCCCCCUGGAAUGAUCCACGGGUGCUGUAUUACCGUUGGCGCUUGUACUCACUGUUGCAGGGUGAUAAUAUGUUGGAGUGGCGGACGGAACCCUUUCAGAUGGAGCGGAGCGGAUCCAAGGCGUAUGUGUGGGUGCCCCCACCAGCGAUUGCGGCUGGUCCGGCAUCUCUGGUGAAGGCCUUCGCGUCCCCACCUCAGGGUGGGAAAAAACGAGCGAAAGCGGCAUCUCCGCAGGAACCUAGCGCAUCACGUGAAGUGGAUGGCGAGCAAGGUGGUGGGGAUACCUGCGUGCUACCCCCAGCAUCUGCUACGUGGCUUUCACGGCAGGUUGUCCGUGAGGGGCGAGUGUUUGUCACUUUAUCGGAGGAGGAAGAAAAAAGAUGGAAGGAUAUGCUCAAUGUGGAGACGUUUCUCCCUACGGAAGUUGUGGCUGCUAUGAAACGCACGAGCGAUAAUUCCGCGUCUUCAUCUCCUUCUGCGUCAGUUGAGAGCACAUCGCCACCGUCACCCAAGCAUGCGAGGAUGCACUGCACACCCGUAGACUCAACUAAUUGUCCAGGUACUAUCGAGUCCAUUCAGCGGUCUCUCUUGAGCAAUGACGUAAUCGCUGAACGCACGAUCUUUGCAGUAGAGCAUGCACACGCGGCAUUACACGUUUGGAGCAUCCUUCUAGAUGAGGUCUUAAAGCUAGCCUAUGAAUGCGCCUGGGAAGCCCAAAAAGCACAUUUUUCAUCCGCCAGAAAAGCAUCAGAGGCGAGUGCGGCUAAGAACGAAACUGCAGACCCAAGUGCGAAGGAUAGUUUCGGGCAACACGAGCUUCCCAGCGGUGGUGACGACGAUGCGAUUCGCAUGCAUGUCAUGUGCUUCCAAUUGCUUUUCUACUUAUUCAUUGUUCAUGAUACCAUCCAAAACUCAAACGCAGAGGCCUUGACGGACGAGGAGGCGGCAGGGUACUCCAACUAUCAUGCCGACUCCCCUUAUCACGUGCAGCAUUCACUCGCACCAGGUCGCAUGGAAUCGAAUGCUAAGGAGACGGAUCGUCAUCAGGAGGCAGGGGUCGGCGGCGUUGACGGCUCUUCUUCUUCGAUGCCCGGUUCUUCCGCCUCACAGCCAGCCUCAUCCCCAUUUCCCAUCCCAUCGAGUGCCAAAUUACCACCUACAUCACCAUCUUCGUCUUAUGCUUUGCUACAGGAGGUUGAGGGCAUUCUCCCGACGUUAAUAGAGGCAACCCUCUUGAUCGCCUUGACCGGACUUCAUUAUUUUAGCAAGAGAUUAAGAAAGUAUAGGGGGCUUGAAGUCGCACGGAAGCACAAAAGUAGCAGCAAUGAUGGCGACAGUUCUAAAGAGCACAAGAAAGGGGACGAUGCCCAUAGAAGCGCAACACGCAGCAAAACCUUGAAAACCGGGCUCAACGUUCGGCCGGAGGAUGUCGAUGCGGUCACGACGUACUUCCCGCACUUGGCCACCGUUUUGGGGAUGCCGACGACGCAGGGAGGGGCCGCCCUGGGAAACCCCAGUGGUUCCGCCCCCCAUGCCGUCCUCCAUGAAGAAUACAUGCGAGCGAUCUUGGUGAUUCCUAGUGAGGUUAGGGAUAGUAUAGCCAACGCCGAGCCUGCGACUUCUGGUGAGGAGGACCGCGGAAAAGAGCGGAAGGGGGACGAUGCCACAUCCGGGACUCCAGGUGGGGGAAAUGACAUGGACGACGCUGCGGGGGUGGUGCGUGCGCGUUUGCUUCUUGUAUGGCUGCGUCAGUUCUUGUGUUGGUGGAUGCGAUACACGCCAGAGACCUUUUGGUGUAAUAACAGCGACGGCGAACCGGCCUCCUGGAGUAGCCCCAAGAGUAAGGCGGAUAAGUCCGAUGAGGCGAACAAAGAGCAAGAGAUGUCUGUGGUGUCGGAUACAACGGCUCUGCCGACAUCAAAUAAUGUUAUUCGGGGACGGACGGCUGCUUCGUUGAUUGAAAGAUAUGGGUUCCUCCUCAACAACGCUUACUUGUGA